GCCUCGGCCGGCUGUGGGGCGGGCGGCGCCGGCGGCUCCAGCGCAGUCCGGGCACGGCGGGAGCUCCAGGGAAACGAUGAAUCUGGUUCUGGAGCUGCUCCUGUUCCUGGCCACGCUCCUCUUCUCCUACCUGGAGGCUUUCGUGAAGCUGUUCGUGCCCGUGAGGAGAAAGUCUCUCAGCGGGGAGCUGGUGCUCAUCACGGGCGCUGGCCAUGGCGUCGGGAGAGCGACCGCCUUGGAGUUCGCCAAGCGCCAGAGCAGGCUGGUGCUGUGGGACAUCAAUAAGCACGGCGUUGAGGAGACGGCAGCAGAAUGCCAGAAGCUGGGAGCCACUGUUCAGAGCUUCGUGGUGGACUGCAGCAAACGGGAGGAGAUCUACAGUGCUGCAGACAAGGUGAAGAAGGAUAUUGGGGAUGUGACUAUCCUGGUGAACAAUGCUGGUGUGAUUACAACUGCCAUUUGCAAUGGCAGAAAGUUAGAAAUAGGAUUUCUGCUUUCUCAUUUGUACUUUCUCCCUUCCUGCAGCUCAAGCAAGUUUGCUGCAGUUGGAUUUCAUAAAGCUCUGACAGAGGAGCUGUCUGCCCUGGGAAAGGAUGGAAUAAAAACAACAUGCCUUUGUCCAGUUUUUAUAAACACUGGAUUUGUCAAAAACCCCACUACAAGGCUUGGAAAGAUUUUGGAGAUUGAAGAAGUCGUGCAGGCUUUGAUGGAAGGAAUAGUGACCAACCAGAAAAUGGUUUUUGUUCCACCACAGCUAAACAUUGCUUUGUUUACUGAAAUGGUGUUUCCAGAACGUGCCCUGAACCUUCUGAAGAAGAUGACCAUUCCAAAGUUUGAUGCCAUCAUUGGGCACAGAAGCACCCAGUGAAAAGCAAGAACUGAUUCUCAUUUCCCAGAGGCACCAGUGAAAAGAGAACAUGUGCUGAGUGUAUUUCAGCUGCCUUGAUUCAGAACAGAGCUCAGGCAGCUGCUUCCAGGCCACCAUUCCCAGGCACACCUAAGGGCUUCUCCCACACCUGCAGCUGGAACACACCUGCAUAACAGGGAGUGUUAGCA